CUACCCGAGAGCGCGGAGCCCGCGGCGCGGAGGUGCUCGGCUGCGCGCGGGGAGAGGAGCCCCUUUCUAGCUCCGCGUCCCGCGCCCGCACCCAGGCCAGCAGCGCGCCCCACAGCGCCUCGGUCUGCCGCGCGGACCUGCAGGGUCCGCGGAGCCUUCCAGGUGACUGGAAAGACUCUUCAAGAAUAAAUACAUUUGAUAAGAACAAUGGCCUUAAAAGUACUACUUGAACAAGAGAAAACUUUUUUCACUCUUGUAGUUUUAGUAGGCAUUUUGUCAUGUAAAGUGAUUUGUGAAACAGGAGACUGUAGACAACAAGAAUUCAAGGAUCAGUCUGGAAAUUGUAUUCUCUGCAAUCAGUGUGGGCCAGGCAUGGAGUUGUCAAAGGAAUGUGGCUUCGGCUAUGGGGAGGAUGCACAGUGUGUGACAUGUAGGCCGCACAGGUUCAAGGAGGACUGGGGUUUCCAGAAAUGUAAGCCGUGUCUGGACUGUGCACUGGUGAACCGCUUUCAGAAGGCAAAUUGUUCAGCCACCAGCGAUGCUGUCUGUGGGGACUGCUUGCCAGGAUUUUAUAGGAAGACAAAACUUGUUGGUUUUCAAGACAUGGAGUGUGUGCCUUGUGGAGACCCUCCGCCACCUUACGAACCGCACUGUGCCAGCAAGGUCAACCUCGUGAAGAUCGCGUCCACAGCCUCCAGCCCACGGGACACAGCGCUGGCUGCCGUCAUCUGCAGUGCCCUGGCAACUGUCCUGCUGGCCCUGCUCAUUCUCUGUGUCAUCUACUGUAAGAGACAGUUCAUGGAGAAAAAACCCAGCUGGUCUCUGAGAUCACAGGACAUAGAGUACAAUGGUUCAGAACUGUCAUGUUUUGACAGACCUCAGCUCAAUGAAUAUGCCCACAGAGUGUGCUGUCAGUGCCACCGAGACUCAGCCCAGGCCUGCGGGCCUGUCCACUUGAUCCCGUCCUUGUGCUGUGAUGAGGCCUGCAGCACCCGCCGGAUGACUCUUGGUUGUGGGAUGCAUUCUGUGGCCACACUUCAGGAGAGAAACACAGGCCCCAUCGGGGAGAGCAUGCCAACUUUCUUCGGGUCCCUCUCAAGGUCCAUCUGUGGCGAGUUUUCAGAUGCCUGGCCUCUGAUGCAAAAUCCCGUUGGUGGUGACAACAUCUCUUUUUGUGACUCUUAUCCUGAACUUGCUGGAGAAGACGUUAAUUCUCUCAAUCCAGAAAAAGAAAGCUCAACAUCUUUGGAUUCAAAUAGCAGUCAGAAUUUGGUUGGUGGAGCUGUUCCAAUUCAAGCUCAUCCUGAAAACUUUACAGAAACUACUAAUUUAUCUAGAUACACCACCACACUGGCAGAACCAAUACUAACUCAGGAGGCACUAACUACUAGAUGCCAACUAGGUCAGGAGACCAGCGCUGUCAUUAACCUACCCACGCACACGUCCCUCCAGAUCUGUGCCCUUUUUGAUAAGAACAAGCCUGGCAGCUCCACUUUGCUGAGGAUAUUUGCCCCUGUGAAGGUUCCAGGGAAAUCAUUGAAACUUAAAGGACUUGCUUCUUUCUGUUGAAGUGUAUGUCUGGAGCCCAAAGGACACUCCUCUUUCAGGCUCAUGGAGUAAGCACAGUCUGCUCCGUGUACAGCUUCUGGGUAAAAAGUAAAUCGGAACCAAACCAAUGGCAUUUCAAGCCACAGUUGCUUCUGUGCCAGACCAGCUGAAAUCUGAAACCUUAGAGAAUAAUAAGAAAAGACUUCAGGCAGACUGAGGAUACUUUGUGUCUCUUCUGCACUAGGACCUUCUCUGCUACAAGAGUGACUUCAAAGACUGAGGGGCUGAAUUUUCAGCCUACAAGAUUGCAAACACAUAACAAGAAACAGAAUUGCAUUCAUGCUUAUUUUUAUGGUGAAUGUGGUUUUAUGAAACUGAAGACCCAGAGUAUCAAUUUUCAUUUGCAUUUUCCUUCCAGAAAAAUUUCACAUAGUCUAUGAAAUGUCAUGACCUGAAUGUUGACUGCGUUCAAAAAUGAGUUUUCCUAUUCGAGAAGGUCACUUUUUCAUCAUCUAACGUAAUUAGCUUAGCUGGUUAAAAUUGACUUCCUACUACCUGCCUAAAUCUUGGAUUUAUUAGAUGAAGUUGACUGACCUGAGUAGGAGUCAGAGGAGAGCAUCUUACCAGAAGCACCACUUUGGACCUCAGCCUCUGUCUCAUGAACACCUGCAAUGCUGAUAGCAAGACAGGCCUGUCUUAGAGAACAUUGCUGGGAAAGGGAGGCCCAUCACCCUGGAUUAAAAACCUACCACGUAAUGCACAGUCCAGAGAGACUUGUAUGCAAAGAUUAGCAUAUUUAUGUGAAAAUUAGUUAAUAUGGAAACAUUUUUUACAUCUGUCCCUGUGCCAGAGCUUAGAAUAUCUUAUAAUGAAAGUAAUAUUUAUAAAUGUAAUGCUCUUUUAUUUGCAUUGUAUCUUAUACUAAAAGCUUUAGAAAUUAUAGCAUGUCAGAUUCCCUACUAAUGAAAUAGUCUUCAAUGAGAAUACACUAUAUAUUAGAACCAGAAAAAAAGGCAUAAUUUGGCGGUACGGGGGGAGUGGGGCAGCAGGUGAACAGUCUAUAAUUGCCAUGGUGUAGUUUGCCCAUGACAUGGUAUUGUUCCCUCCAAUCUUGUAAGAUUAGUUAACACGUGAUCUUCUAUUUUUUAGCCAGAUAGUGCUGGAUUUAAGAGGAGGGUGCUUCUUCCUGUUAAGAUGCUCUAUCACCUACCACUCUGGUGAUUUACACACUAGGGCUAAGAAAUUAAUUAACCCAGUGUAGUCAUGAAGCAAAGAAUGGCUCAUUUGCUCUUAAUCUUUAUGCCCUGAGAGGACUUAACUGAGCAGGAUUUUUUUUUUCCAUGCUUGAAUCUACAUGGCCUUUUCUUUUAACUGCUUUACUAUUUGCUCUGUCACCUUUUUACUUAAAGAAGGAAUAGACUUUUUGAACAUCAGUAUGUUAAGAGUGCACUGUUUUGUUUUGAAAUUGACCUGCCCAAAUUAAUGUCUUUUACCCAACAUUUAAACUGAAUAUUAAAAUCAACCUAUACUUCCUGGGACAUUUUCAUCUUCUCUCUUAUUACCCCAUGGUUUUCUGUCUUGGCAAGAUGUUGGAAUAACUGGAUGAGCUCACUUACUUGUGGCCUUUUCUCCAUUCAUAUUUUCAGGUUCCAGUGGGUGAAGACCAGCUUGCCUGUUGCUGGCACUUCUCAUGACCUCAAUUCCUUACUUGAAAUGGGAAAUUAGCAACGUCACUGAACUCUACCGAGGGCAACAAAGUGAAGCUCUGUCUCUAAAAAAAAAAAAAGAAAGAAAGAAAGAAAAAAGAAAUGGGAAAUUAGCGUGUCUCAUGGCACCCCACAAUCCUUCAUAAUUGAAUAACUUUUUUUAUUAGCAUAAACUUUGGUAAGUCACCUGGUCUUACGAGAAUUGCUAUUAGGACACUCAUGUAAAAUAUUUAGGAUUUGACCACAAGACAGCUAUGAAAACGCAGGUAGAGUUUCCUUGAGUGGCUUCACUGUAAUUCACAUAUGUGUGCCAUUGUUUGCAAUCUGAUCAUGUCUGUUAUGACAAGGGAUGAUCAAAGUAGGCCAGGGUUGUGUUCCUUUGUGUCACCUGAAUAUAUUUUCCACCUGCACAGCCCUGAUUAACUUCAAAGACAAACACUUGCUAGAGAAAGCCAGAUUGAUGGGACUGAGACUUUGGCCAAAAUCCUGAAACAUUGCUUUUUGAUCAGUAGAAAUAUGCUUUAGGUUGAAAAUUGAUUUCAUUUGAUACUGCAUUUGAAAAACCCUGGGCUUUAGUAUCAAGCUUGAAGACAUUUUAUCACCACCUCAAGAAACACACAAUAGUGUUAUAUUUUACAUACUUUAUAAACAUUUGAGGCAAAAAAAUAUUCACUCAAUCAACUUAGCUGCAGGAGUGCUGAUGUCAGAAAAUCUGCAUGGGGUGAUCCUCAUGGCUGAGUGGAAAUAAAAUGAUUGCUGUGGCUUUUCAUACUGAGGAAGCUCAUUGACAAGAAUGAAACAAGGAUUUCAAGAGUAACCAAGUGAAAUCACGAGUUCUCUAAUGUGUAUAUGGAAUAUAUUUUUUAAAUAUAGAUUUUUCUACUUUAGAUAAAGUGUUAAUUUUGUUAUUAAAAAAAGGAAAAGGAAAGGAAAAAUACCCAUCAUUGCUUUAAGAUAACUUGAAUCAAUUUAGAUUUCAUCAUUACUAUUUUGCAUACUGGAUUUAUAAAUUUGUAAAUUAUUGUUUUCUUAUACAAAUAGUUUUGUAAUGCCUUUUUUAUUUGUGAAUAAAAUU